AUGGGAAUCAAUUUGUAUGGUAUCUUAACUAUUCUCAUGAUUGCAGAAUUUAUAUUUGGAAAUGUGAGCAAUGGAUUCAUAGUGUUGACCAACUCCAUUGACUGGGUCAGGAAAAGAACUCUUUCUUCCAUUGGGUCGAUCCUACUUUUCUUGGCCAUUUCAAGAAUGGUUUUGAUAUGGGAAAUGUUACUAGCAUGGCUAAAAUAUAUGAAGUAUUCAUUUUCAUUUGUGGCUGGAACAGAGUUAAGGGGUAUAAUGUUUACCUGGGUAGUUUCCAAUCACUUCAGUCUCUGGCUUGCCACUAUUCUCAGCAUCUUUUAUUUGCUCAAAAUAGCCAGUUUCUCCAGACCAAUUUUUCUCUAUCUGAAGUGGAGAGUAAAGAAAGUGCUUCUGAUGAUCCUUCUGGGAAAUCUGAUCUUCUUGAUGUUCAAUAUAUUACAAGUAAACAAACAUAUAGAAGACUGGAUGUAUCAGUUUGAGAGAAAUAUAACCUGGAAUUCUAGAGUGAGUGAAUAUGUGGGGUUUUCGAAUCUGGUCUUAUUGGAGAUGAUUAUGUUCUCUGUAACACCGUUCACAGUGGCCCUUCUCUCCUUCAUCCUGUUAAUCUUCUCCUUGUGGAAACAUCUCCAGAAGAUGCAUCUCAAUUCCAGAGGGGAACGAGACCCCAGCACUAAAGCCCAUGUGAAUGCCUUGAGAAUUAUGAUUUCCUUCCUCUUACUCUAUGCCACUUAUUUCAUAUCUUUUUUUAUAUCAUUGAUUCCCACUGCACACAAAAAUGGACUGGAUCUUAUGUUUAGCCUGACUGUUGGGCUUUUCUACCCUUCAAGCCACUCAUUUAUCUUGAUUUUGGGACAUUCUACCUUAAGGCAAGCCAGUCUUUGUGUUAUGACGUAUAUGAAGUGUAGGCAAAAACAUUAG